GAGCUGCAGUAGUGAAAGCAGAAGCGUGUUGUGCAUCAUGUCGUUGGAACUGACGAAGCCGAGUAGCGCGGCCCUGCAAACUGCGCUGCGGGCGUUUCUGGAGAAGGAGCGGCCUCCGCCACUCGUGCCGCAUCCCCCGAAGAAAAACACGACGUGGCGCACCCGUCGAAUCGUCGCGGAGCUCAAUGCGUUGAAGAGCGUCGGCGCCCUCACCAAUUUCGAGACGGAGCUGCGAGGCGUGUUACUCUCGCAGGAGACGCGGUGCCGCACCAAGCUGAUGGCCGCGACGUUCGGCGCCGAGGGCGCUUUGCGUGAGAGGGAGCUCAUCGAGGGGGAGGAGACGACGCAGCGAAGUAAAAUAGCUGAAACGUACUGGGCCGAAACCGGCAAGCAGUUUGACCUUCUACAUACGAAUCUGCAGGAAGAAUGGACCCGCCGCGCUCUGCGCCGCAGUGAGCGCUCUGAGCGGCGUGCUCUUGCACGUUCCAUACGGACGACGCAGCUUUUUCUGCGUGAAACGAAUGAUCGUGUCGCUCUCUGUGCACAGGAGGAGUGCUGUCGAGAGGAGAUCAGGUAUCGCCGUGUUAUUGAAAUCGGCAACGACCUCCAACGCGAGAUUGUCACGGAGUGUCGCUUGUCCGGCCACCUGCGCAGCGUUGCUUACUCCCGCACCGUGCAGGAGACGCGUCGUCAAAUUGAGCUGCAAGAGGACAGAGAUCGGAGUGCGGUGGAGCGGUUGUAUCACUUGCACACCAUUGCGCUGUUUGAGUGUGCGAAGGAGGACUUCUCGGCUGCCAUCCGAAAGGACGUGGUCCUGCUCUCUGACACAAACCGGGACACCGCACAACAGGCAGCCGUGACAGUCUGCGCCAGCAACCUUUUGCGCUGCGUGGAGCAGGAGACGCAGUUGCGGCUUCUAGUCGAAGAGCAGGAGACAGCGCUGUUCAAGACACUUUCGCAGAACUUUUUACUCGGCUGGCGAGUGGUGUACAAGGCGAUCACAAAAGAUCCAGAUGUGCGGAGUGUCUUUAGCAAGGUCGAACUUCUCGUGCGCCACCAACUCGCCGGUCAGGAGAGGACCGCGUUUGACGCGUUGAGGCUCGCCGCAGAGUGCCGUAUGUCCGCCUGCAAACGUCACCGUGGCGAACGUCGCGCCCUCUGCCAGGACUACGUGACCGGAGCAAGAGCCCUGUGGGAGGAGGAGAAUCGUGCGGCCAAUGUUAUCUUCCGGCAGCUCCACCUCUGGCAGAAGGAGGCCGGCGCUCUGCAAGCUGUCACGGUACUCGGGAUAGCGGAGACUGCCGCUCGCCGGGGGGUCUGCAGUGCGGAGGCGCAGGUACGGCUGCGCCUCAAGAUUAAGUACGCGGCGGUCUCGGUGCUCCUCAGCUGUGCAGCGGUCACGCAGCGCAUCCUCGCUGACGAGGCUCACGACUUCAACCUGCUGCGGCGCCGCUACAUCGGUCAUUUCCACACACGACAAAAGGAGCUGCUCACUCUGGGGGAGAGCGCCGCACGAGCCGUCAUCGACCACUGCGAGUGCACCGCAGCAGCUGACUUGUUCUUGUCUCUGCGCCAGUCGCUGGCGCGUUUCCGUGCGUCAGACGUGAGCCGACCUCUUCUUCUUGUGGAGGAGCACUUUCGCAGUCAAACUGAGAAGGAAGAACUCGAGGAGCGGCAUGCACUGGCCCUGCUUUACUGCUGCCUGCAGGAGCGCUCAAGUCGGCUCCAGGUGGAAGCGGACGAGCGAUCUUCGCAUUGGCACAGGUGCGUCGCGCAGUUGUGCGAUUCUGAACAGAAUAGCCGGCGGGCGCUUUGCACUGCAGCAACUGAGCAACUGUCGUCUCUGCACACAUCAGCUCGUAGCACGUUGGAGGAAAUUGAGGUCAGCAACGCAGCUUCGAAAAGAGGUGUGGCAGCCGACCAACACGAUGCUGACGAGGACGCAUUUCUCCUGCUCAACCUCGACGGGGACCUGCCCGAGUGCGUCGAGCAGGCAUGGCAGGAGGUGUACGCCGACUGGGAGCUCACAGAGAACGCCUCUUCACUGGACUCGUAUGAGUCGCAGAAGGUCAGCGGACCGCCACUGCUCAACUCCUAUGCAGCUCAGUGUGAGGAAAUGCUUACGGAUGCCUACCUGCAGCGCGAUUUGAUCCACUUCGCGGAGCACGCAGAGUGGCGCCGCCUUCUCCGACGGACGCAAAAAAGCUACACCGACAAGGCGUCGCCGGUGUGGACGCUGCACAGCAUUUCACUUAAACAGGAGCCGAACCAGCGUGCAGCGAGCGUCAACAUGUGGGACUCGAGUCAGCUCUUCGACGUUAGCUUUUACCUGGCUCAGCAGCAGGAGGAGGGCAUUGUGGGCGAGCGCACCAUAGCGUUUUACGUCCCAUACGCGCCAUCAGCUGCGGCGGUCAUGCCGCGCUGCGCAAAUCCUGGAAUGGCCUUUUUUCUUAUUCUGGAUGAAGAGGGUACGGUUUUGUCGUCUGCCAACCUCGUGAUGGAGGCGUGCAGCGAGGACGUGGGGUACCUGUGUGUUCCCCUGGACAACUCUGCCGGCUAUCUUCGGUUCGAAUAG